AUGAGAUAUCUCUCUUCACUCAUCAUAAAAUAAGCUAUAUCAGAUACGUGAACGAUAAAUUUUUUCCUCUUUCGUUAAAAUGAAAUUUAACUAUUUAUUUUAUAUUGCUAUUUAAAAUGUAUAUUUGUUUACAUUUUUGUUUUUAUGUACAUAAAAAAAAAAGAAAGAAGAGUUUAUCUUAGAGCCCUUGGAAACAAUCGAUGGCGCGAAUCUUACGACAGUUUUAAACCAAUCAGAUGCAACUUUAUAUAGAAGAAACAUGGCAACACUGAACAGGUUCUGUACGUGCAGAUUCCAUUUGUGAUUCUCAGUAGCGUUCUUCCAAUGAGCGGUAUAGUAGUUUUGUGAACUUGUGAACAAAGACUAUGAUAAAUUCGAUAAGAUUGUAGACAAGUGCCCACAAAGGGAAAAAGACCAAGGAAUACAUUACAAUAUUAUAUACAGUUAAAUAUUUAAAAAUAAAUAUAUUUUAAAAUGGAGAAAUUGCAUCAACAUAUUUUAAUACAAUUACGAGAUAAAAUAGUGGAUGAUAUGGAUGUACGUAAUGGAAUAGUAUCUGUAUUAGCAGGUAACUAUAUUUUAAAAGAAGAAGAUGUGAAAUACAUUGAAUCUGAUACUAGUCUUAGAAAUAUGGCAGAACGUUUAUUGGAUAUCCUUCCAAAACGGGGACCAAAUGCAUUUAAUGCUUUCCGUGAAUCUUUAAAGCAUCAUUAUAGAUGGCUCAGCGAUGGUAUGGAUGAAUUAGAAUCAAAAAAGACUGGUAAGAAUUCUGCUGAAUCUCCAAUUCUUCCACCCAUGUCAUCGUUAACAAUUGUUAGAGAUGGAAAGAUGAAAAAGUUAACAGAAGAAUUAAAGAAAUUAAAACCGAAUGAGUAUCUCAUUCUACAUGGAAUGAAAGGAUUUGGUAAAUCAUGCUUAACAGCUAGUACUUUAAAUGACACAAAACUAGCAGAAGAUUUGUUUCAUAAUAAAAUUUAUUGGCUUAAAUUUGGACAUGAUAAAAGAUGCAAAUAUAAACAUGACGAUAAAUAUGGAUACGAACAGUUUAUCGAUGAAGAAAUAACGAAACAAUUAAAUGGACUUUAUCAUCGUAUAAGAAAUCCUGAAUCAUUAACUGAAUCAUUAGACAGUGAACUUUUUAAAGUUUUUUUAUCAAAUCAUUUUAAUAAGAAAGAAAACCAUAAUGCUUUAUUGGUGUUAGAAGAUGUUUAUGAUAAGAAUAUUGUGAAUGCGUUUGAUUUUAAAUGCAAAACUCUUAUAAUUACUACUGAUCUAGAUGUUUUGGAUGAAAGAAGAGGAAUUAUAAUACAAAUGAAUGAUGGUUUUACGGAAACAGAAACUUUAGGUUUAUUUGCUAAAGUAUUAGAUACUGAUAUAGAUAAACUUCCUGUAGAAGCACAGUUAAUUCAUAAAGAGUGCAAAGGUAUGCCAUUACUUAUAGCUAUGUUUUCUGCUCAUUUUGAAGAAUUUAAGAAUGAUAUGAAAAUACAUGAUGAUAGAUGGAAAUAUUAUCUAAACUGUAUACAAAAUAAAGAUACGAAUAAUAUGGUAAUAACGAAGUUCUUGGAAAAGCAAGAAGCUGUAUUUAACAUGUUUAUCGAACGUUUACCGUUAAAUUUAAAAACCUGUUAUGAACAGUUAGCAAUUUUUAGUGAAGAUGUGAAUAUAACACCAAAGACUUUAGAAGUUCUUUGGUCAUGUAAUGUAUUCGAAGUUGGAGAAAUAAUGUUAGAAUUUUGCCAUAAAUCCCUUGCAGUUAUGAAAUGGAAUGAUAACUUGAACUACUAUAUAUAUGGAGUACAUGAUCUCUUAUUGUGCCACUUAAAAAGAAAAUUAGGGAAAGAGGAACUUACAAAAAUGCACAAAUGCUUUAUUGAAAAGUAUCGUAAAAAUUGCAAUAAUGAUUUCUCUAAACUGCCAAAUGAUAAUUACAGUUACUCCUACAUUGGUCAUCAUUUAGAUCUCGCUAAUUUGCAUGAAGAAUUUCCCAAACUCUAUUUAGACUUCAAUUUUCUUGAAGCAAAGAUAAAUCACACAGGUUUAUGUGAUUUAUUAAUUGAUUUUAACAAAUAUAGAAAAUAUAUAACAUAUUAUAAUAAUGAAAGUUAUAAUACAAAGGUGAAAGACAUAGAACAAUUCUUACAAGAACAAGCUAGUAAUAUAUCCAAACACAGAAGAAAGAAAUGUUUAGACUUGGUACAGAUUGCCAUGAAUUAUUCUCAUUCUGGUUAUGUGAUGGAAACUGCAAAAAAUUUAGUUAAGAAAAGAAUCAACAAUUUAUACUUAUCUCACAGUACGAAAUUGCAACAAACUAGUAUAACACAAAGUGAAGAAGUUUAUACAGAUACAUAUACAACGUGUUUUACUGAUGACCCGGAAGUAAUUUUAAUUGGAAAUAAAACUGGCGAAAUAAUACAAUGGAAUUCUGAACAUAAGCGACAAAUAAUAUAUAAAGUAUAUGAAAAGGAAAGUAUAAUCGAAAAGAUAGUAGUCUCUGGAGAUGGAGAACUCUUUUUAACUUUAUGUAAAGGUGUUGUCGAACUUUUUACGUUACAUAAUUAUUUUAAUAAAUGGGAUAAAAAUAUCCAAAGUCCAAAACAGAAGCAAAUAUUUUGGAAAAAUAUUUAUGCAAACGAUGGACAUAAUAGUAUAAAAAGAUUGUCAAUAGAAGAUGAGAUUAUAUUAGAUGUUACAUUCGGACAUGACGAUAAACGUAUUGCUGCAUGCACUGAUAAAGGAACAAUUCAGGUUUGGGAUAAAGCUGGAAAUGUUCUAACAUCUGCUAAACACAACAACAAUUACCUCAGAUAUAUCACAUUUACAACAAAAAGUUCUCUGUUGCAUACAAUGGAUUUAUCGUGUGGUUUUCUUGUAACUUAUAGAAAAGAUAAUAAUGAAUACACUUAUAGUUCACAAUAUAAUCCAGUACUAUUAAAACAAAAGGUCAUCUUUUUUCACAACGUUCCAGAACAUGACAAUUCAUUAAUUAUUGUUACUGAAAAGAAAGCCAUUCAUGUAAAGUGGUUUUGUCCGAUUACUGAUUACAUACGUAAUUAUGAAAAACAGAAAAAGGCAGAAAAUGAUAAAACAAUCUAUGUCUGUGCUUCCAUAACAUAUGAUGGCCUUUAUUUAGUGUUAGCUGAUUCAGAAGGACUCGUGAAUGUAUGGAAAUUAGAUGGUGGAUUUCAUCCUAUCACGGCAUAUAAAAGCCGCGUGACAUCUUUAGAUACAUAUUGGUUAAAGGAUGAAGGUUAUCAUUAUAUUUGCGGUAAUGAAAACAAUUUAUUGCAUAAAUGGAAGUUACCCAUUGAAGAAGCAUCCACUGAAGUCAGAAGUCUUCUAUUUGAUGCUCUUGUACAAUCAUUUGGAGAAGAGGAUGUAAUUGCAAAAACGACACAUACAAAUUCAGUUGUAAUAUUAUUUGGCAAUGAAAUAAUAGCAGAAUCCAGUCCUAUUGAUGGGGACAUAAUAAGUUUAAGACUUUCUCCUAAUGGUAAAAAACUUGUUUAUAUAACGGAUAAAGGUAUGGUCACAUUAUUUGAUGUAGAAAGUAAGACAACUACCAAUAUAUUGAAGUUAUCUGAAAGUGCAAAGUUUAUAAAAUUUAUAAGAAUUGAAAAUGAUGAGGUUAUCAUAUGCAGAGAGACAAGUGAUACUUUGAGGAUUUGGAAGAAUAAUAAAAUAGCAUAUUUGAUAGAAAAUGCAGGAUGUAUUAUUUCAAUUCAUGAAGUUCAUAACGAAUAUAUUAUAACAGUAACACAAAAUGGUGUUAUAAUUCUUUAUAAUAUUAGUGGCACCAAAUGGACAAUAAUAAGUAAAGCAACGGUUGAUAAUAAAAAUGCAAACAUCUAUUUUAGUUGCUUUAGUUGUAGAAAACAAUUUUUAGCUUUGUUAAGUGAAAACCAACACUUAUUUUUAUAUAAUCUGCAAGAAGACGAUAUUGUAACACCUCCAUGCAUAAAAAUAGAAUUAUACCAUAAAGAAUCGUUUAGGGAUAAACCAACGUACUGUGAUAUCUCACAAGAUCAAAAAUAUUUGGCAAUCGGAUUUAAAACUGGAAAUAUUACAAUAAUCGAUAUAGAAGAAAAAAAGAUUAUGCGAACACUCUAUUUUCAUACUAGUGCUAUUACUCAAUUAAAUUGGGGUCCAGUCACUGCAGAAGUUCCUCUGUUAUUAUCAGUAAAUGUAGAUGAAUUAGCUUGGUGGAACAUUCAACUAAACAAUCACGGUACACAAAAACAACGUCGAAGUCGUAAAGGAAUUCUCCACAGCAUCAGUACACCUUCUGUUAGUACAGAUUCCAAUUUCUUAUUACCUGAAUGCUUCAAUACGGAUACACGCAUUCCAUUGUCAAAUUCAUCAAUUGAAAUAUUUCAAAGAAAUGAAAAUUUCAAUCAAAUUGGAAAUACAUCUUCAUAUUGGAAAUAUAAAGUAGGAAGAGAUGGUAAAAAGUCAGAAUUAUUGCGCGCUCUUGAAUUACCACCAAGUUGUAUUCCAAAAGUAUGUAUAUCUGCAGACUUUAGUAAAUUUGUUACAGUGGACAUCUAUGGGUCUGUGAGUACAUUCAAACUAUUUGCCUAUUCUUAGUAUAUCAUAGAGCAAUGAUAUAAAUUUGUUACAUACAGUGGUGCAAUGUUGCAUUUACAUAUCAUUUUAUAAUAAUGAUAGGUGCUGUUAAUAUUUGAAAACAUUAAUGAGUUUAAUUAUAGCUAGGGAAUAAUAUAAAGUUAUUAUUUCAUUAAUGAAAUAAUUGCUCUCUUUCUCUUUUAGAAUUUUUGAAAAUUUUAAAUAUUAAGAUAGUUUAUAUGAACAGCAUUUCAAUAUUUGCGUUUACGAGAAUAAUUCUGUAUUAACUUGCAUUUAUUACUAUGUAAGUUUCUAACAAAAAAACUUUAUACAAACUUGUAUUACUUAUAAGAAUGUUAACGUCAUUGCCAAUUGCAUUUAACUUAUUAUAAGGAAAGAAAAAAAGAACAAUUCCUAUUUUGUAUUAAAGAAAUAAGAAUUUUCAUUAUCACUUAGUUCUAUUAUAAAUAUGUGAUAUAUAGAGUGAGACACAAGAAUCUAAAGAUUUUUUUAAUGAAAUAAUGCCUUAAGUUUUGAAUCUUUUAUUUAUUUUUUUCAUGUUAAUAGAAAAUAAUUCAAUUUUUUAAUUUUAAUAAUUCUACUUAUCAUUUUAAAUAUUGAUGGGUCAUAGAGAACAAUACAAUUUUGUAAAGAUAAUCCAAUAACGUUAAAUCGGGUAAACGAGCAGGAUAUGAAAGAUCACCAUAACAUUGUUGCCCUUGUUAUAUGGAAAACAAAGACUUUUAUCAAAACAAAAAUAACAAUAUUAAGUCUCUUUAUAAAACAUUUAAAAAUCGUUAGGUUCUUGUAUUUCACCCUGUAUAUAUUAAUAUUUUUAAAAAUAUUUAACACAUGAAAUGUGUUUUAUACGUACAGUUUUGUACUUAUCUUUGCAUAUUCAAUGUGUAAAAUUUAUUUAUUAUUCUAACUAUAUGUGUUCUAUUUCUCUAUUAUUUCCAAUAUUGCAAUAUUAUUAUAUUAAUACUUUUGUUC